UUUCAGAUGAAAAAAUCUAUGAUGCAUAUGUGUUAUAUCCAAAAAUCAGCAACCAAGCUGACUUUGUACUGAAAGUACUGCCUGAAGUUCUGGAAAAACAGUGUGGAUACAGUCUCUUUAUACCUGGAAGGGAUGAUUUGCCAGGAAAAGCGAUAGUCAACGUUGUUGAUGACACCAUUACGCAAAGCAGGAGGCUGAUUAUGAUUCUAGUAGCUGGGUUGUCCAGCUCAGAAGAGGCUCCUGAGCAGAAUAUAGCAAUGUAUCAUGCUCUUAUACCUGAUGGAAUGAAAACUAUCCUGAUCGAAAUGGGUAAGAUAAAGGAUUACAGCAACAUGCCAGAGUCCAUUAGAUACAUCAAGCAAAAACAAGGAGCUAUCAGAUGGAACGGGGACAUCACGAAGAAAGGCUCUUGUUCGGCAAAUGGUUCCUUUUGGAAAAAGAUCAGAUACCGAAUGCCACCAGAACGUCAAGGGUCCCAAGGACUAGCUUUGAUGCCAAUCACCCAGAUGAUAAAAGAAUAGUCUUGAGGUCAUUUCAGAAUCCCUCUGGAGGGACGUUUACAUUGAAGCUGAUGCAACAUGUCCUAUAUUAUGGAGAUGGACUCCUAAAUGUAUAUGUAAUGUUGGAACUGAUUUUCUUUUUUAUUCAUGAAAUUAAAGUAUGUACAGCAUUUUCAUUUUUUUAAAAAAAUGAUAUGUGUACAGGGAUUAUUUGAUAAGGAAUUUUUGCUUAUAAAAAUGGUGCAAAUA